AUGACUGGACCAACAAACAACCACGCCGCUGUGGCAUAUGAUGAUCGCUCUGCAGGCGAGGUGAGGCAACGGGGCAUCAUGGACGCGGGCGGCAAUGUCGUGGCUCGAUGCAGCAAAGACUAUCUCAUCAGUCUUAUUUUAGAGAUUCUCCGAGCCAGAGCAUUCCCACUUGUCAAACUCACCCGGUCCUCAGAUGUGAACGCACAGUUACAACGCCUUCGACUCAUCACUGCGGAAGUUCGAAGACUGUUCCAUCAUCCCGAGCUAUUUCCAUCACAAGCGCUUCGAGCAAGGUUCACAGCAAUUGUAGCGUCUGACGCAAAUCUACAGUUUGUCCAAGCCGUGAAACACCUGCUACUACGUGAAGCAAUUGGCGACUUCAAUCGAUUCAACCGCGUCAGGUUCACUCGGCGAUCAUACGAAACAGGCAGCAAAGGUUGGGAGAAUUUCUACCUCAACAUGGCACCAGGUGCUCCAACGGACGAGGACAUGCAAGAGGACCGUCUCCAGACUUCGCCCGAGUCCAGCUGGCAACUGAUUCCAAUAGCUGGAAUGAGAGUCAUUGGAGAUCUCGUCAAUGAGGAAAGAGUUCUACUGCAAUGGAUCAAGGAUACUUCUUUGCCUGUGGCAGUCGAACCCGCUUUUACCACGAGAAUUUUGGAUUUGGACAAGCCAGAACAUCAAGAUCCCAAUCCAAAGAACUAUCUUCGCCAGGUGACCGAGGAGGUUCAUGCUCGGCCAAAUCCAUACUACGAGGAUUUGAAGCUGCGACUUGAUCUGCCGGGCCACGCUCCCGAGCCUCUGGAGGACUUUACUCCUUUUGUCGGUCGCUUGGAAUCGCAACCUCUUCCGCCCAACAUGCCUAUCGCUACCUUGAACGCCCCAAACCUUUUUCCGAUGAUAUCUACCCUGCGCAAAGAUAUUGGAACCUACAAAACCCGCACCGCUGCCAAUGCCAACGACUUCAUGAACAGCUUGUUCGACUGGGAACAAUUCAACAAGGACCACAAGGUUAUCAAAAAGAGUCUCGGAGUUGACCGCCAGGAGGCUCUUGAGGCGCUUGGUGAUGAAGCCGUUGUCGCCUUUGACGACAAGAACGAAGAAGAAGACUGGCGCACUGAGCUCCAAAACAUUCUCUGGAUGUUUGAGUGA